UUUGCUCAAUAUCUCCAUGUAGUUUGGAAUGAGAGGAGGCAUGCUGAUCAGUGCCCCCCUCUCCAGCACACACACACACUGCAUGGCAUCGGAUUGAAGUCAGCAGCUCCUCUUCUUCCUCCUCUCCUGCUCUGUCUGCCCUGACAGCUGCAAAAGAGAGAGAAUUUUUAGCAAGUAAGGCAAUUUGGAGUGACAUGCAAACGAUCCCUCCCCCUACCCAGGCACUGAUUAACCAGGAGAUGCAAUGCAAGAACCCUGAGGAGCAGCACCAAAAGGAAGACCAGCCAAGCAAGGAUUGCACUAGGGGUUUCAGAGCGAUCUGUACAGAGGAUUACCUGGAAUUAUAGCUCCCAAAUCAAAUUUAUGUAUGGCUUGGUUAAAGUUGCAGCCCCUUGCAUCAACUUUUCUUCACUUUGGACUUGUCACAUUCAUCUUGCUUUUUCAAAGUCCUCAGGUUCAUGCUGUUUCUGCAGGCCACCCUCCAAGCAGUCCACAAAAACAAAACUACUCCUGCACUGGAUCCUUUGACUGUAAGGCAGGUGUCAUUUUGCCGAUAUGGUACCCAGAGAACCCUUCCCUGGGAGAUAAGAUUGCCAGAGUUAUUGUGUACUUUGUAGCAAUGAUCUACAUGUUUCUUGGCGUGUCCAUCAUUGCAGAUCGUUUUAUGGCAUCUAUAGAGGUCAUAACAUCACAAGAACGGGAAAUCAUAUUUAAAAAACCCAAUGGUGAGACCUCCACAACGACUAUUCGAGUAUGGAAUGAAACAGUCUCCAAUUUAACCCUCAUGGCACUUGGGUCUUCUGCCCCUGAAAUUCUUUUGUCAUUAAUUGAGGUAUGUGGUCAUAAUUUUGUUGCUGGAGAUCUUGGUCCGUCCACCAUUGUUGGGAGUGCAGCAUUUAACAUGUUUAUCAUAAUUGCUAUUUGUGUCUAUGUCAUACCCGAUGGUGAAGUUCGAAAGAUCAAGCAUCUUCGAGUAUUUUUUGUGACUUCAGCAUGGAGCAUCUUUGCAUAUAUAUGGUUAUAUAUGAUCCUUGCUGUGUUCUCUCCUGGAGUGGUGCAAGUGUGGGAAGGUUUGCUGACAUUGUUUUUCUUUCCUGUGUGUGUUGUUCUUGCCUGGGUGGCAGACAGACGUCUUCUUUUCUACAAAUAUAUGCACAAAAAGUAUCGGACUGACAAACACCGAGGGAUUAUGAUUGAGACUGAGGCAGAGCACCCAAAAGGGAUCGAAAUGGACGGCAAAAUCAUGAACUCUCAUUUUCUAGAUGGAAAUCUGUUAAACAUGGAUGGAAAGGAAGUAGAUGAAUCUCGCCGAGAUAUGAUAAGAAUCCUUAAGGAUUUAAAGCAGAAACACCCGGAGAAGGAUUUAGAUCAGUUAGUAGAAAUGGCAAAUUAUUAUGCCUUGUCACAUCAACAGAAAAGCAGAGCAUUUUACCGAAUACAAGCCACCAGAAUGAUGACUGGAGCAGGUAACAUUCUGAAGAAACAUGCUGCUGAGCAGUCAAAGAGAUGCACCAGCUUACAGGACAUAUGCUUGGACGAAUCUGAAGAGUUUGUGUCUAAGAUCUAUUUUGAUCCAUGCUCCUAUCAAUGCCUUGAAAAUUGUGGUGCUGUCUUGUUGACUGUUGUAAGAAAAGGUGGUGAUGUCUCCAAGACUCUGAUGGUGGACUAUAAAACUGAAGAUGGUUCUGCAAAUGCAGGAGCUGAUUAUGAGUUCACAGAAGGAACCUUAGUGUUCAAAUCUGGAGAAACCCAAAAGGAGUUCUCAGUUGGGAUUAUUGAUGAUGACAUUUUUGAAGAAGAUGAACAUUUCUUCGUGAGACUCGGUAACAUACGAAUAGUUGAUGCUUCAGAGCCAGUGGAACCCAAUACUUUUUGCUACCCAAAAGCAGUUUUGGUCUCUCCCUAUGUGGCCUCAGUUACUAUACUGGAUGAUGACCAUGCUGGGAUUUUUACUUUCGAAUGUGACAUCAUACGUGUUAGUGAAAGCAUUGGUGUGAUGGAAGUUAAAGUUCUUAGGACAUCAGGAGCUCGGGGCACUGUCAUUGUCCCUUUUAGGACAAUUGAAGGCACUGCAAAAGGUGGUGGAGAAGAUUUUGAAGAUACAUAUGGUGAACUGGAAUUUAAGAAUGAUGAAACUGUCAAAACAUUUCAGAUCAAAAUAAUUGAUGACGAGGAGUAUGAGAAAAACAAGACUUUCCACAUUGAACUGAGGGCGCCACACGUUGUGGACAUGUGUGCGCAGAAAGCUUUACUAUUGAAUCAAGCUGUUGAACUUGUGGAAAGGAAACGUUCAGUGGAGGAAGAAGAAGCCAAACGAAUUGCUGAGAUGGGAAAACCCGUUUUGGGGGAGCACCCAAAACUUGAAGUGGUCAUUGAAGAGUCUUAUGAGUUUAAAAGUACAGUGGACAAACUCAUUAAAAAGACCAACCUCGCCCUGGUGGUAGGAACUCAUUCCUGGAGGGAUCAGUUCAUGGAAGCAAUUACUGUUAGCGCAGCCGGAGAUGAAGAUGAGGAUGAAUCUGGAGAAGAGCGGCUGCCAUCUUGCUUUGACUAUGUUAUGCACUUUUUGACCGUGUUCUGGAAAGUACUUUUUGCGUGCGUUCCCCCUACGGAAUAUUUGAAUGGAUGGGCGUGCUUUGUUAUAUCAAUAAUUAUCAUUGGCAUCCUCACUGCCAUCAUCGGGGAUCUUGCUUCUCAUUUCGGCUGUACCAUUGGCUUGAAGGAUUCUGUAACUGCAGUGGUAUUUGUGGCCUUUGGCACAUCGGUGCCUGAUACAUUUGCAAGCAAAGUAGCUGCUACGCAGGAUGUGUAUGCGGAUGCUUCAAUUGGCAACGUGACCGGGAGCAAUGCUGUUAAUGUAUUCCUCGGUAUUGGCAUAGCAUGGUCGGUGGCUGCCAUCUACUGGGCUUCCAAGGGACAAGAAUUCCAUGUGCAAGCCGGAACCUUAGCUUUCUCAGUAACCCUGUUUACCAUCUUUGCAUUUGUCUGCAUCAGCGUCUUGCUGUAUAGGAGGCGGCCUAGUAUAGGUGGGGAACUGGGUGGCCCAAGGGGCUGCAGACUUGCCACAACUUUGCUCUUUGUAACCUUAUGGCUACUUUACAUCUUAUUUGCUACUCUGGAAGCCUACUGUUAUAUCAAAGGGUUCUAAUCUAAGCCAAGCGACGCCUGCAACAAACCUGCCGCCUUCAUCUGACGGCAGUCUCCUUCAGGAGAAUCUCCAUUGCAGAAGGGAUACCAGCCAAAUCAAAGUGCAUCUCUACAUCCGCUGGAGAUGGAUGAUAACACAAUCCAAAGGACCUUGUGACUUGUAUCAGUGGUUGACGUGCAUUAAGACAAAUACCGGUACUCUCAAUUUCUGAGAACCCGGUCAGGAAACAAACAAACAAAAAAGCGCUUUCUAGCCAAUGAUUACCAGACAGUGGAUACACUUUAAAUACUGGUCACUUUUUAAUUACAAUAGCAAGAGGAAGCUAUUUGUGCCGCCCAGGGUACCAGGCAACAUCACCCUUUGACCAAUGGACUAAUAAUGGUUACAACCAGCAAGAAUUUCCGUAUUUUCUGGUUUAUUUGCAUCUUUAUUUUGUUGCGUUUUUGUUUGUCGCUUUAAACAAACCUUUGUAUUUAUUUCAUAUUUAUACGCCGCCUUCGAAAUAGAUCUCAAUAAUCACUGUUUUAAAACUUAUGACACAGUGGUAGCUAAAUAUGUCUUAUUUUUUUCAUUUAAUCACACUGCAAACUGGAAAAAAAAACGCAAUUGGUGAAGCCAAGGAACAAUGAAGAAGCCUUCAGUGUAACUCUGUAGCAGUGCUAGAUUGCACACUGGGAAUUCCAGGUUUAUAUAUAAGUGUCAACAACCCUUGGAGAAAAGAGAGAAAGAAUUGAGGUCACCUUAUGGAAGCUUGUAAACCUUUGUACAUACCUAGUAAUCACUUGUCGCUGGAUCACCAGCGUGGUUUCAUAUUGGCAGUCAGUUUAAAUAAGUAGUUCUCAAAUGCCUAAUGGAUGACCCACCUUCGCCUCAUAUUUCCCUCCAUACCCAUGUCCUACUGGAUCCUACCAGAUUGGCUAGAGAGAACAGUCCACAUCUCCUUGUAUCUGGACAUAAGCUUUAGCCGUGGUUGGUCUUCUGUUACACUUUGUUAACUACCUGUUCUUUUCCUUCUACUUGUAUAUUAGGAGGGUUUAUCCCAAUAUACUGGAUUACUGUUCUUUUAGAAGACUAAAUUCUAUUUAUUUUUGUAUACAGGACCUUUAGAUUUUGCUGACAUCAAGAUGAAGAUGCCAGUUUCUCAUCCAUCAUUUUCAAUAUCACUUUUAAGGUCAUUACUCGCAAUGGAAUUUUUCAGGGAAAUAUAUUUUUAUCUAAUUUAUGUUACAUAUUCCUUCUAUACAAGGCUUUAUUGAGGUUAUGCAGCAAGAAAGAGUUUUGUCCUUUCACACUUGAGGUUGUAGUGCUCGUAUUAAACAGCAACAUGUGUCAUUGAGGAGCAAGACGUAAGGCACCAGUAAGAAGGACGGUUACAAAUAAAUAUAUAUAUAUACACACACAUAUUCUAUAUGGUUAAUACACCACACAAAAUAACAAAAAGGUAUAAACGCCAAGAUUUCAGAAGCCAAAUUACAACAGUUCAUACAUAUUACAACAACAUGAUAAAAUGCAAGGGAAAAAGCAUGUCCAAACUUGAGGACAUUUUCUGGACUGGUUGUAUAGAUGAGAUUAGUGAGAACUUGAAUGAUGCCAUCAUAUAGGAGCAGUGUUUUCUUGAGAACAUUUACUUGAUGUUUCCGUAUACAAGUCAACACACAAUAUAAAGUAUGUAUAAAGGAGGUAAAUAGGUAUAGGAGCAGUACAAUAUCAUUGUACUCUAGCUGCAAAAUACAUGGAGCUGAGCAAUAUGUGCUCACCAACAAGGUGAAUAUCUCCUAAAAUAACAGUGGUUACUAGGAAUCGUCAACAGAAAUAAUGAUUACAUCAGGAAAAUCUAAUAGAAGGACAACCACCAGUCCUGUGCUCUCUGAUCGUCUAGACAUUCUGUAAAUGAUGCUCAACAAGAAAUAAAAGGGGAAGUAGACAAGACAUCAAAUCUAGGCCACUAUAGAGCAUGUUUGGUGGAUGUCACAUACGGGGCAGUGUACCAAUACAGACAGAGGAAGCAAGUUCUGGUCACGGAUGUGACUUAUGUCUGUGACUCACUCAUGGACAUGUUGCUCGGCUCCUGUUUAUCCGCCUCGAAUAAUAAGAAUGGUUCCAAGACAGACACUUCACUAGCUCUCAUCUGCCUUCAGCGUUCUUUACUUUACAGUAUAUAAGACCAGAUUCUCUACUUAUACCACCAGCCACAUAUCUCAAGCAUCGUAAAAAUCUUACAGGUGCUGGAUUAAGAUGUAAUAAAUCACUUGUGCUCCAUUUUACCCCCCUAUUAGAUCUAACGCUGCAUAGUCCUGGAUAAUGGUGAUACACAUCCAGCCUCCUUCAACUGAUCAAAGAGGGGGAUUUGGCAUGGAAAGGUGAUAUUAGGGUUAUUACAUUAAUAAGAAUAGUAUACAAUACCAAAGCUGGCAGGUUCCAUUCAAGAAAGGGUUAAAACAGCAUCCAAAGCUCCAAUUGGAGUAAGUGAUGCACAAGGUUCAGCCUGUCUCGCCUACAAUGAGUACUGGCAAAACUCUUAUAAAUUCAGAGUCCAUUAGGUUCGGGGGAUUGUUCCAUGGCAAAAUUUACGUACACAUGUAUUGUACGCUAAUACGCUGUGGAUUUUCUGUCCGCAUCAAUUCUGCUACGUGUUCAUGUACCAAAAAUGUGACAUUGGGCAUGUGUCACGUGAACAUAUUGGUAUGCAUCCGCAGUACUAAUGUAUAGGUGAAAUUGAAUUGGUAGAGACAGACCAGUAGGUGUCCGGGCUGUCUUCUAAGGGCUCAUGCGCACAAACUUAUUUUUUUGCCCCUCACUUCAAUGGGGCCGCAAAAGAUGAGGACAGCAAAAAAUAGAAAAUGUCCUAUUAUUGUCCAUACAGUAUUUCAGACAAGGAUAGGACAGUUGUAUUAUGGGUCGAGCAUUCUUUAAAAUGCCGAAAGCCCACGGUUGGGAUUUGCAAUUUGUGGACUGCAAAACAGGCAAUGGUCGUGUGCAUGAGCCCUAAGGCAGAAUGAACUACGAGACAAGACAAUUUGACUAACUGAUGUGAUUCUGAUAGCAUAUAGGUCAUAUAUCUCUGCAUAAACCUUUUUAGGGCUAUAUCCAUAUUCAUCAUAAAUUAAUGAAAUGAGUGCAUCCUGCACCUUUAAUAUCUGCUUACACACACGUUACUUUAGCCUCAUAGAGUAAGGGUCCUUUUGAUGGGCAGUUCAAUUGCCCGAAUGAGCACCAAUUAACAAUACAGGAAGCCAUUUGGUGCUUGUCCUACUUUCAUUUUUGCAAGGGAAUUAUCAGGAAGGUUUGAAGGAACCCUCAUCUCACAGACUCUGCAGCACAUCCCCUGUUACAUGAGGAAAAUCGAUGUUGAAAAUUAUUUUUAGACCGGUGUUCUGCCAAAU